GUGCUGUUUGAUGUGAGUCGGUAUACUAUCGAAACAUUGCCAAAAUACUUGACUGCGGAUACGUAUUUUGUCGUCGAGGCAGUGUGUUUGCUUGCAUUUCAGCUGACGGCCGAGCUCGAGAUGAAGGAUGGAGUGUGAUGUAUCGGAGUUGAUACUUGGUGGAUUCAAGGACCAUUGUGGGAUUUCUGAAGACGAGAAGCCUUUCAGCUGCGGCUCCAGCACGUAUUACAAUGCUGGCUCUAAGAAAAGAUAUGAAUAUAUUAUCAGCCACGUCAUGCCAAUGGAGCUGUAUCCCAGCUGAGGUCUGGGUGAAGCUCGGAAGAAACCUGGUCUAUUUGCUGAUGAUCAGGAGUACUCUUCGCAAUUAAUCAAUUCGCCAUCAGCGAGAAACACAAACUCUAGAUGUGCAAUCCGAGUGUUCGCAGAACCAUACUCACCACCUCAACUACACCUCCACCACACCACAGAACCACAGGUAGAGCAAUGCUAGAAGUAGCAGUCUUCAGCGCCGCGUCAGCGCUAACCGCCAUCCGCGCAGGCGCGCACCGCAUCGAGCUCUGCGCGUCGUACGCCAGCGGCGGACUAACGCCGUCGCUGGCGACGUUUCUGGAGAUUAUUGCUGCGCUGGGGUACCCCGUCAACCUCCCAGUCCCGAUACACAUCAUGAUCCGCCCACACGCACACUCCUUCGUCUACACGCCCGCCGAACUCGCCCAAAUGACUUCCUCAAUCGCCGCCUUCGCGGCCGCAGGCGCAAGCGGCUUCGUGUUCGGCGCGCUAGACGCCGGGAGCCGCGUCGACGUGGCUGCGAACGCGGCGCUGGUGCGGGCGGCGGGCGGGCGGCCGUGUACGUUUCACCGGGCGAUUGAGAGCGUGGGGGAUGUGCGGGCGGGGAUGGAGGGGGUGGUUGCGUGUGGGUUUGCGAGCGUGUUGACGGGUGGGGGGGAGGCGGGGGUGGAGGGGGUGAAGGAGGUGCAGGAGCGGUUUGGGGGGAGGGUGAGUGUGGUGCUGGGAGGGGGGGUGAGGCGGGGGAAUGUCAGGGCGUUGAGGGAGGGGGCGGGGGUGGCGUGGGUGCAUUCGGCGGCGAUUACGGGGGAGGGGGAGGAGGUGGAUGGGGAGGAAGUCAGGGCGUUGGUGGUGCUGGUUGGGGAGAGUUGA